UGCUGUCGCUCUGGGCGCGGCUGAUCCAAGCUACCAAGCCACACCCCGCGUUAUUAGUUCUUGUCGAAAUCGAUAAGAACAAAGCGCCGCCACGCCUGCGCGCUCGACGUGCGCCGCUGCGAUGCUGAUGUCCCGCCUCCAGUGCCUGCCCGGCACCCUCGUGCUCGCCCUGGUCGCCGUCGCGUCUGCCGCCAUCACGCCGUCCAACUCAUCAACCGUCAACUCGCGCUACUUCCAGGGCACGCUCCCUCUGCAGGGCCCCGGCGAUGGCCAGCAGAUUGCCGAGCUGGUGCCGCUGACGCGCGAGGGCGCCCAGCGGUCCAUCGAAGGCAACCUGUACCGCGCAAAUACCACAACCGUCGACGCCAUCUCUGACGGCGAGAUCGCCUACAUCAGCUGCAACCCUGCCGACUAUCCUGGCUUCGUCGACGCCCAGGGCGUCUUUGACAGAGCCUACGGCAAUGGCAACGCUAACAUCUCUGGCAUCAUUCUGUACAGCACCGAGACCGACUACUGCGACUACGACGACGAUGGCAGCAUGUCCGGCUUCCCCGUGCUAUCCAUGACGAACAAGACCGACUCGGCCACCGUCCUGGAUCAGAUCGACAACCUGGCCGUGCACAUGAAGUACUUCGUCCAGGUGCAAGGUCGCGGCGGCAGCGUUGCCGGCAAUGCGGGCAACACGCCACAGAAUCCACUGGGCCCGUCGCCCUCGACGGCUGUGGCCAUGAUCAUCCUUUACAGCAUUACCGGCAUCAUCACGGCGCUGUUCCUGGUCAUCAUCCUGACCGGUGCCAUACGUGCACACCGCCACCCCGAGCGCUACGGGCCAAGGAACAUUGUGGGCCGACCACGCCAAAGCAGGGCAAAGGGCCUGGGGAGAGCCAUUCUGGAGACCAUACCCAUUAUCAAAUUCGGCGACAAGGAGCCGGCGAAGCCCGCCGAUGUUGAGUUGGCAUCGACUGAGACUAGGCAACUUGAUGAUGUGGAGGGCGCCACCGCAACGAUGGCCGCGCAGCAGAAAGGCACAACGGCGACCACAACCGAAACGCCAGUGGUAGACGCCGCAGCACCUCCCUCCAUCACAGUGCAGGACACCUCUGCCUCCCGCGACCUUCCCGAGGGCAUCGCCGCCGCCGUCACGCCUGCCUCAGCCGCCGUCGCCAGCGCGAACGACACACCCACCGAAGAGCAUCUCGGCUGCAGCAUCUGCACAGACGACUUCGAGAAAGGCCAGGACAUCCGCGUGCUCCCGUGCGACCACAAGUUCCACCCCGAGUGCGUCGACCCUUGGCUACUGAACGUGUCCGGCACGUGUCCGCUGUGCCGCGUCGACCUGCGCCCGACCAAAACCAACGAGUCGAGCGCCACGCCUGGCGACGAGCUCGCCCCGCCCCUUAACCCCGAAGCCGACGCUGCCCCCGACGCUGCAAGCCACCGCCGCACCGGCCUGCGCGAUAUCCUCUUCUUCCGCUCGCACCCCGAUGCGCCUGCCGAGGACCGCAUUAGUGCGCUGCGCCGCCUGCGCGAGCAGCGCCGCAAUCAGAGUGGCGAGGUUGCCGAGGUCGCGGCGAACGCGAGCGCAGAAGACGUAACGCGAGAUCGCCGCAGCAGGAGGAUCAGCACGCGGCUGGGCGAUGUGUUUAGUGGGCGGGCGCGCAGAGGGACGAGUCCCGCACCGCCAGGAGGGGCCAGUGGCAGUGCUGCUUAGAUGAGAUGUGAUGACGUAUGUAUUGACACGAUGUAUGAUCGAUUUGCGCGGCGUUUGGGUACAUUUGAUUUCCGAAAGGGGGUAUGUGGUGGUGGUCUGCUGGUUAUCAUGGAGGAUGUUGUGUUUGUUCCGACAAAAUUGGGGACUUGGUCUUGUAUUGGUAUCAACGGCGCACAGGGUGUUGCGAACGGGGCUUCGUGCCUAUCAAGUUGUCUGCUGAUG